AUGGAGGAAGGUAGCGGCAGUCUAGAGGACCAAAUUUACGAGGUUUCAGACCUGAUCGAAAACUAUGUCAAUGACUUUGUCGAAGGGGAAAACGAUUUUGAUUUAAUUAAUGACCAAAUUACAGAUUUUUCCAAGUUCAAUGACAACAAGAUAAUAGACUCCAUAAAGACAGAAAAAGAUACCAUACUGGAAUUAUCAACAAGCAGAGUUUUAGCAAAUUUCAUUGAUCUCAAGACUUCUGAAAAUGAUCAAAACUUGAAACAAAUUGCAACUUUAGUGGAUUUAACUUUCUACUUCAAAGAAAACAAUCAGUCACGUUUCAACUUACCUCUUUUGUUGAUCUGUCUUAUAAUUAAAGAAUCUUCAGUUGUAUGGCUACUAAAAUUCUGGAAUUUUUUCGAAUUAAGAGUUGAUUUGAUAAAAGGUGUGAAGGAUGGUGAAGUUUUACAAGCUAAUAAAUUUCCUGGAACGAACUUUAUGGUGGCAUUAAACCUAAAACUGAAACAAUUAGAGAAUAGUAAUGAACCUAAUAGAGAUAUUUUAAGAGCUCGGGUCUUAUCAUUGAGCUCUAAGGUGUUUGCAAUAAGUGACAGAUCUAUGAUCAAUAGAAGAUUUGAAUUUAAUGAAGAACGUUCAAAUGAACUAGAAAUACCAAGAUCAAAUUACAGACGCUCAAAAUAUGCAACAUUUUGGAAACUACAACAUGUGCUAGCAAAUCCUAUCAAAGAGAUGGUCUCCGAAAGAGAUAUUCAAGAUUUUAUGCACAAUGUUGAGGAGUCUUUCAAUUUGAUUUACGAGAUUGAAAAAGAACAACACGGCGGCCCAUUUGAAGGUGUUAAAUCGAAGGAAAAAGAAAACCAUGACAAUAGCAUUGAAUACUAUACAAAAGCUAGCCUGACAGAAUCUAAGAAAGAAGAACUUCGAGAGUUUUAUGCAAGCAGAGAAUUCAGCCCAAGCUUUUUCAAAAAUGAAGAAAGAUUUAAUGAACAGUUAAGGAAGGAUAAAUAUUUGAGAAGGGCUGUUUUAUCGCAAUUGUAUUUUUAUGCUUGUUGGGUUAUAAAUUUAUCUGAUUCUCCAGAGAUUCAAUCAGGACCAAAAUUUGCAAACCAUAAGCUCAAGAGAUUUUCCAGAAUGUUGAAGUUAGGAUCCCUGUUGUCUCUGAAGAAAGAUAUACAGUACAUAUUCCAAUCCACUGAUAAGAGAUUUUUUUUUGUUAAUCAACAGUUUGCUUUAUCAGAUCAAGCAUUCUUGACUCUGAAAUUGUCACAAUUUAGUGAUUAUGUGAACGUUUAUGACGAUUUCAAAGUCGACGAGGAGUUUUACAAUCAACUUGAGAAAAUUGGUCAGUUUAAAAGUAAAAACUUUCAUGAAUAUGGUACACCUCAGAUUUCAAGACAUUGGAAAACAUCAACUGGGUUGGAUUUAUUAGCUAAAGAUGAGUCAAAUGGAAAAUCUGAACCGAUUGAUAAAGAUUUGGAACGGUUAAGAGAAAGUAUAAAGACAUCCACUGAUGAAAAUGUGAAGAAUUUAAAUUCAUGGAAGGCACUGAGAUUAGCUAGAAAGAAGCAUUUAUUUAAAUUCAAGCAAGUUAAUGAAAGCACAGGUUUAGAAGGUCUGUUUGAUUCCUCACUAAAGGAGGAAUUUGAUAAGAAGAAGCAAGAAGAGGAAUUACAACGUGCUCAGGAAGAAGAAGAAAGACAGGAGAAGUUCAAAAAAGAACAAGAAGAGAGGGAGAUGGAAGAGUUGAAAAAAAAGGAGGAGGAAAGAGUUGAAUUGGAGAGAAAACGUAAAGCCAGUGAAGAAGAGUUUGCUGAACAGAGCAAAAGGGCUAAACUAGAGUCAGCAAAUGGGACCAAGGACUCUGAGGACUUGGAUUACUAG